GUGGUUUGUGAUUUGUAAUUUUGAAUUUUGGUGGUUGUUUGUUGUUUGAAUUUUUUUAAGUGUAUCUAAAUUAUGAAUUAAUAAAUCCAUUACUAACCCGAUAACUAAUUAAAUGAAUGAAUGAAUUAUUAUAAAUUCAAACUACCAAUAAUAAUAUUUUAAUAAUGGGCGAACCGGGAGUAAUAAGAAAAUUAGAUGAAGAAGUAGUCAAUCGCAUCGCAGCCGGGGAAAUAGUUCAAAGACCGGCUAACGCUCUAAAAGAAUUGAUAGAAAAUAGCUUAGAUGCACAUUCAACAAAUAUAAUCAUAACAGUGAAAGCUGGAGGCCUAAAAUAUAUUCAGAUUCAAGACAACGGCACAGGCAUUAGACAUGACAACCUAGAUAUUGUCUGUGAAAGGUUUACCACUUCCAAGCUGUCACAGUAUGAGGAUCUACAGGCCAUCAGUACCUACGGGUUUAGGGGCGAAGCCCUAGCGAGUAUCAGUCAUAUUGCACAUUUGACAAUUCUGACCAAGACGGCAAAUGAUAAAUGUGCUUAUAAGGCAUCAUACGAGAACGGCAAACUCAUAGGUCCAAUAAAGCCUUGCGCUGGCAACAACGGCACACAAAUAACCAUAGAGGACUUGUUCUACAACGUACCGGCCCGCAAGAGAGCCCUGCGGAGCCCCACGGAGGAGUACGCGCAUAUGAUGGAGGUGGUGGGAGGGUAUGCCAUACACAACAGUGCCGUUGGUUUCACUUUGAAGAAGUUUGCUGAAUCAACUGAUAUAAAAACACCUAUUAAAUCGUCGGUUAUUGAAAAUGUCAGAAUUAUUCACGGCAACUCCAUAGCCCGUGAGCUGCUAGAGAUACACCUCGUGGAGCCAACACUCCGCAUGUCUCUACAUGGUUACAUCACCAACGUCAACUAUUCGCACAAGAAGGGCGCCAUGCUGCUCUUCAUCAACCACCGGCUGGUUGAUUCGUCUUCAAUCCGCAAAGCGGUGGACUGCGUAUACGCCACGUAUCUGCCUAAAAACGCGCACUCGUACGUGUAUCUGAGUUUGGAAUUAGAUCCAAAAAACGUAGACGUAAACGUCCACCCCACGAAACACGAGGUUCAGUUUCUGUACGAGGAGCAGAUCAUAGACAAGUUAAAGACGGCCAUAGAGAGCAAACUGCUCAGCUGCAACACUUCUAGGGUCAUGUACACACAGGCAAGGUUGCCAGGAGCGACAAUGGUCGAUGAGAUAGUUAGAAAAACCACGGACGGUGCCAAAGUGUAUGCCAAAGACUUGGUGCGCGUCGACUCCGACACACAAAAAAUUGACAAGUUCUUUCGAGUCGCGAAUAAACAAACAAACAACACAACUGUACCACAGACAAACCAUAAAGUAGAUUUAACCAGAGACAUUACAGAUGAUUGUGACAUGGAAGACAGAACAAAAGAAAGAGGUGUAGAAGAAUUACAUAGAACUAACAAUCUAAAUCGCAAUACUGAAACAAAUGUACCCAUGGAUGUUGAUACACUUGAAGAUGAUACAAAUAAAGAAGUUUCCAGAACACCACGUUUCGUAUUCGAAGACGCAGAACUUUUAAACAAAAUAGAAACCUGUGUUGAACCAAAUACAAACAAUCUAAAUUCAGGAACUUCAGAAACUAAUAAAAUACCAAAAGAUUCACACAAUCUACAAAAUAAAAGUAAUACAAAUAUAACAAACAAUCCAGAAACGAAUACAGAAGAAAAUAAAGAUUUAAACAAUCAAGAUUUGAUCGAUCUAUCAUUAAUAUCUGAACCAAAUGAAGCGAAUGAUCCAAAAGGCAAUUAUAAAUCCGUAGUAGUUGAUUCAAAUACAACGUAUAUAGAUCCCAAAGAAUCCUUCAAGACGAGAACAUUCAAAUAUGAAAGAGUUGAAACAAAGUUGACCAGUGUGAAACAGUUGAGGUUGAGCGUUGAGAACAAAUGCAGUAUGAACUUGAGGGAGAUAUUGGCUAAUCUGAUUUUCAUUGCGUGCAUAGAUUGUGAUAGAUGUCUAAUACAGCAUUCCACUAAGCUUUAUUUGUGUGACACUGUUAAGUUGACGGAAGAACUAUUCUACGAGACAAUGUUGUAUGAUUUCCAAAACCUCGGCCUGAUCAAGUUGUCGAACCCACUACCCUUGGAGGAGCUGUUCGUGCUGGGCCUUAGGACUCAGGAGGAUGAAUGGGAUCCUGAACUGGGUGACAUGCAUGAGUUAGCGCAGCAGAUGCGCAAACUGCUGAUCAGCAAGCGGGCGAUGCUGCUCGAGUACUUCUCUAUAGAGGUCACCGCGCACGGGGACCUAGCCGCCUUGCCCUUACUGUUGGACGGACACACACCUUUCAUGGGAGCAUUACCGACAUACCUAGUCCGUCUAGUCACAGAAAUCAAUUGGGAAUCAGAGAAGGAAUGUUUCGAUACGUUAUGUAGACAAACAGCCAUUUUCUAUUCACAAUCAAACCCUGAUACUGUAGAGGAUAUCGUGAAGUCGGAGAUGUGGAAACAAGAACAUGUAAUAUUUCCGGCUAUUAAAAGGAACUUUUUGCCGCCCGUCAGUUUUGUAAGCAACGGCGCCAUAUUACAGAUCGCGAGUUUGAGUGAUUUGUAUAAAGUGUUUGAACGUUGUUGAUUUUAGGUUAUAAUCUGUGUUGUUAUUUUACUUAUAUAAUAUAAUCUGUGUUAUUAUUCCAAUAGUAACUGUAACAAUUAUUAAUUGAAUAAUGUCAUGUCAUGUUCUUUGUUCCUUGAACCUGUUAAUUUAAAAAAAAAACACGUACAUUGCAUGUAAAUAAUCAACAAAACUACAUUAUUACUUUUAAUUUUAAGGAGAAUAAAGUUUUAUUUUUACACUAUUA